CUCGGAAGGCCGAGUGGCCGUUCUGUCCUUCAUCUGUCAGUUUUUCAGACCCAGCUGUUUUCAUUGUUGCGUUUCUUUACUUUUUUCUAUACGCCGAAGAGCCUGCUAGCAUCCGAGCCUCUGGGAGGAGAGAGCGCCUGUGGCUUCCCUCGGAGAGCGCCCCUCCUGCAGGGAAGCCAGUGGGAGAGGCCGAAGGCGGGCGAGGGCGGGAGGCGGCCCUAGCGCCAUUUUGUGGGCACGGAGCGGUAGCGCGGCUGUUGUCGGAUUCCUUCCCGUCUGUGCUUCCUCCUUGUGCUUCCUAGCAGUGGCCUAGCGGAGAUUUAAGCAAAGAUGUCUGAAUAUAUUCGGGUAACAGAAGAUGAGAACGAUGAACCCAUUGAAAUACCAUCAGAAGACGAUGGGACGGUGUUGCUGUCCACAGUUACAGCCCAGUUUCCAGGGGCAUGCGGCCUGCGCUACCGGAAUCCCGUGUCUCAGUGUAUGAGAGGAGUCCGACUGGUGGAAGGAAUUCUGCAUGCCCCAGAUGCUGGCUGGGGCAAUCUGGUAUAUGUUGUCAACUAUCCCAAAGAUAACAAAAGGAAAAUGGAUGAGACAGAUGCUUCCUCUGCAGUGAAAGUGAAAAGAGCAGUCCAGAAAACAUCUGACCUCAUAGUGUUGGGUCUCCCCUGGAAAACAACUGAGCAGGAUCUGAAAGACUAUUUCAGUACUUUUGGAGAGGUUCUUAUGGUUCAGGUCAAGAAAGAUCUUAAAACUGGUCACUCGAAAGGGUUUGGCUUUGUUCGAUUUACAGAAUAUGAAACCCAAGUGAAAGUAAUGUCACAACGACAUAUGAUAGAUGGGCGAUGGUGUGACUGUAAACUUCCCAACUCUAAGCAAAGCCCAGACGAGCCUUUGAGAAGCAGAAAGGUGUUUGUUGGACGUUGUACAGAGGACAUGACUGCUGAAGAGCUUCAGCAGUUUUUCUGUCAGUAUGGAGAAGUGGUAGAUGUCUUCAUUCCCAAACCAUUCAGAGCUUUUGCCUUCGUCACCUUUGCAGAUGAUAAGGUUGCCCAGUCUCUUUGUGGAGAGGAUUUGAUCAUUAAAGGAAUCAGCGUGCAUAUAUCCAAUGCUGAACCUAAGCAUAAUAGCAAUAGACAGUUAGAAAGAAGUGGAAGAUUUGGUGGUAAUCCAGGUGGCUUUGGGAAUCAGGGUGGGUUUGGUAACAGUAGAGGGGGUGGAGCUGGCUUGGGAAAUAACCAGGGUGGUAAUAUGGGUGGAGGGAUGAACUUUGGUGCUUUUAGCAUUAACCCAGCGAUGAUGGCUGCGGCUCAGGCAGCGUUGCAGAGCAGUUGGGGUAUGAUGGGCAUGUUAGCCAGCCAGCAGAACCAGUCGGGCCCAUCUGGGAAUAACCAAAGCCAGGGCAGCAUGCAGAGGGAACCAAAUCAGGCUUUUGGUUCUGGAAAUAAUUCCUACAGUGGUUCUAAUUCUGGUGCCCCCCUUGGUUGGGGGUCAGCAUCAAAUGCAGGAUCGGGCAGUGGUUUUAAUGGGGGCUUUGGCUCGAGCAUGGAUUCUAAGUCUUCUGGCUGGGGAAUGUAGGUGGUGGGGGGUGGUUAGUAGGUUGGUUAUUAGGUUAGGUAGAUUUAGAAUGGUGGGAUUCAAAUUUUUCUAAACUCAUGGUAAGUAUAUUGUAAAAUACAUAUGUACUAAAAUUUUCAGAUUGGUUUGUUCAGUGUGGAGUAUAUUCAGCAGUAUUUUUGACAUUUUUCUUUAGAAAAAAAGAGGGGAAAGCUAAAUGAAUUUUAUAAGUUUUGUUAUAUAAAGGGUUAAAAUACUGAGUGGGUGAAAGUGAACUGCUGUUUGCCUAAUUGGUAAACCAACACUACAAUUGAUCUCAGAAGGUUUCUCUGUAAUAUUCUAUCAUUGAAAUUGUUAAUGAAUUCUUUGCAUGUUCAGAGUAGAAACCAUUGGUUAGAACUACAUUCUUUUCUCCUUAUUUUAAUUUGAAUCCCACCCUAUGAAUUUUUUCCUUAGGAAAAUCUCCAUUUGGGAGAUCAUGAUGUCAUGGUGUUUGAUUCUUUUGGUUUUGUUUUUAACACUUGUCUUCCUUCAUAUACGAAAGUACAAUAUGAAGCCUUCAUUUAAUCUCUGCAGUUCAUCUCAUUUCAAAUGUUUAUGGAAGAAGCACUUCAUUGAAAGUAGUGCUGUAAAUAUUCUGCCAUAGGAAUACUUCUGUCUACAUGCUUUCUCAUCCAAGAAUUCGUCAUCACGCUGCACAGGCUGCGUCUUUGACGGUGGGUGUUCCAUUUUUAUCCGCUACUCUUUAUUUCAUGGAGUCGUAUCAACGCUAUGAACGCAAGGCUGUGAUAUGGAACCAGAAGGCUGUUUGAACUUUUGAAACCUUGUGUGGGAUUGAUGGUGGUGCCGAGGCAUGAAAGGCUAGUAUGAGCGAGAAAAGGAGAGCGCGUGCAGAGACUUGGUGGUGGAAAAUGGAUAUUUUUUAACUUGGAGAGAUGUGUCACUCAAUCCUGUGGCUUUGGUGAGAGAGUGUGCAGAGAGCAAUGAUAGCAAAUAACGUACGAAUGUUUUACAUCAAAGGACAUCCACAUCAGUUGGAAGACUUUGAGUUUUGUUCUUAGGAAACCCACUUUAGUUGAAUGUGUUAAGUGAAAUACUUGUACUUCCCUCCCCCUCUGUCAACUGCUGUGAAUGCUGUAUGGUGUGUGUUCUCCUCUGUUACUGAUCUGGAAGUGUGGGAACGUGAACUGAAGCUGAUGGGCUGCGAACAUGGACUGAGCUUGUGGUGUGCUUUGCAGGAGAACUUGGAAGCAGAGUUCACCAGUGAGCUCAGGUGUCUCAAAGAAGGGUGGAAGUUCUCAUGUCUGUUAGCUAUUCAUAAGAAUGCUGUUUGCUGCAGUUCUGUGUCCUGUGCUUGGAUGCUUUUUUAUAAGAGUUGUCAUUGUUGGAAAUUCUUAAAUAAAACUGAUUUAAAUAAUAUGUGUCUUUGUUUUGCAGCCCUGAAUGCAAAGAAUUCAUAGCAGUUAAUUCCCCUUUUUGACCCUUUUGAGAUGGAACUUUCAUAAAGUUUCUUGGCAGUAGUUUAUUUUGCUUCAAAUAAACUUAUUUGAAAAGUUGUCUCAAGUCAAAUGGAUUCAUCACCUGUCAUGCAUUGACACCUGAUACCCAGACUUAAUUGCUAUUUGUUCUUGCAUUGUCCAAAGUGAAAGUUUUUCUUUGGUUUGUUUUUAAUUUAGUUUUUCUUAAGUCUGGGUGACCGCACCUAAAAUGGUAAGCAGUUACCCUCUGGCUUGUUCUGAGUGCCUCUGUGCAUUUGAUUUUCUAUUUACAUGCUGUAUAAAUCUCCACUGGGGAAUCAUGCCUUCUAAAAAUAUUUGGGAGAGGGCAAAAGAGUUGAUUUCUAAUGCUUUGUAGCAGAGCAUAUCAAUGGGAAAGAAGGUUAAGCACCUUUCUGUUUGGGAUUUGAAAAGUGGAAUUAAUUGCAAUAGGGAUGAAGUAGAAGAAACCAAGAAACCAUGUGCCUGAAAUACAUUAAGAAGCCUGAUUGAUAGCUUUAAGAACUAGUAGGGUGGGUUGUCUUACCUGUGGCAGUCUUAAGUGAGGUAGGCUUUUGCCCUCCUGAAUGUGGGGGUUAUGUAGUGAUGAAUAUGCUCACAAAAUCAGAUUAGACUGUCAAUGCAUUGUUAAUGUAAAAGCAAUAAUACAUUGAUUAUUGUACUUUUCCUGUAACUACUGAGACCGGAGGCGCUCCUUUUCUAACUGGAAGAAUGGGACAGUUUUUGUGUUGGUAGUUUUUCCUAAUGCCCUUACCUAAAUAGAUUAUGAUAAAUAGGUUUGUCAUUUUGCAAGUUGCGUGUUUUAAAAUUUUAUAUCCGUUAGAGACUUGUUAUGAACACAUUGUUUCAUUAUACAGUAUCCUCUGUAAAAGGAUCGUGAGUUAUUGUAAGUUUUUUUCUCUGCAUCUAACCCUGCAUGAUUUCCAAACCCUGUGCAUCUGAAUUUUGCAUUUUAGCACUGUUUGCACUGUUACUCAGCAGCAGUAACAUGGUAACAUUAAAAUGGUUUUCGGGGACCUCCAAAGACGGCCAGGAGUCCUGGGGUAAGUUACUUGUCAAUGGCAUGGUUUUGAUCCCUUUUUUACACUUGUUAAAGACUUACUGGUCAUAGAAGUCUUUCAGUGUUGAUCAGCCUUUUAACAUGUUUAUGGAUGACAUAGCUGUAGUUAGUUACUUGCCGUAAAUGAGGUUUUAGAAAUAAACUACUUGGCAAAGAUUUGGUUUUGAAAGUCUGGUCAUCAAAACGCGUUCAUUCCUUAGAAAUAAUGAAGAACAACUCUUUGAACCACAGUUGAAUAAAAGGUUUUCUUGCCACCAACAGUUUAGUGUCUGGAGUCUUACUGGAAGAAAAAAAAAUUCUAUAUCAUGACAAUGCUAGAAAAGUUAAGGUGACUUAUGUGGGAAGAUGCAAUAUAGCAUUUUCAUCCUUUAAAAUUUGAGUCUCCAGGUGGGUGUGGUGGCCCAUGCUUUUAAUCCCAGAAUUGGUGUAAAUGAGUUGUAGGCCAGCUAUUUCCCCAUCUUGAGGCACCCUGUCUUGCCUUGUUGGAAGAGCCAGUUAAAAUCAAACAUGACCUUUAAGGUCAGCAUCUUAGCAGAAGAGCAGUUUAUUUCAGGAUAACUUACUGUUUUUGAUACAUAAGCAAAUGACUGUACCUUGUACAGUUACGGUUGACUUCCCUGAGCCCAACGCUCACCUAAGAAAAGUGGGCUGGGUAUAGUGAAACACCUGUUAAGGUUUUUGGAAUGAUUUGCUAAAUUGCCCUUGUAAAGGGUAAAAUGCUGUUUCGUGUUCUUUUUAUCUGACAAUUUGGUGAAUCUGGUAGAACAUGCCUAUAUCCCAAUAUUCUGGAAUGGACUUGGUGUUAAUUUAAUAGCUGAUCUAAUGUGAAGGUCACACACCUGCUUUCCGCUUACCUUCCAAAAGGUAUUCUGGAACCACUCAGAAGUUACUCAGAAAGUAAGAGCACUUUCUGAGCUCAUUAAGACCAAAUCUACACACUAGACACAACAAGCCCUUUGUUGGCCAGAAAUGGAAACAGCCAGUAUAAAAUAAGUAGAUUGUAGGGAAUCAAAUACAACUUGUUUUUUCUGUGUUGGGGGUUGGCCAAGCACUGUUAAACACAAAUCAAAGCUGAUAUUGGCAAGUGUUUGGACCUGUAACAAUCUCACCUGCUCUGAUUUUGGGGUAGGCUGUCAUUCUUAGGUUUGUUACUAAGCUUCCCAGGUACUUGGCGAUAUGAGGAACAAUGAUUGGACGAUGCAAAUUAGAAAUUACUUAUUAUGUUCUCAAUCCAGGGAAUAUAGUUGAUGACUUUUGUGUAGACCCCAUACUGGUCUGCCGCCCCACAAUUAAUGGAACCCCAGGAAACUAUUCCUCCCACAAACCAUCGCUGUGUCUCAUUAUCUAGAAACACUAAUGCCCCCCCACUGUCACCUCUGCAGCUGUCCUUGCCACCAGUCUCUAAGCCAGCACAGAGCAUGUUAGCGCUUACUCUUACUCCUGGAUAGAGCUUUUCAUACACGGCGGUACAUUUUUGGUGGUCAGCAAUUGGUAUGUCCACAAACAUUAGGUUUCUAGCAAGAAGCCCCUUCUGGGUUAACCCCCAGCCAGCCACAGUUCCAGUGAAGUCUGUUCUCAUUAAGGAUGCAGCUUCUUUUCGCGGUAGGCAAACAGGCAUGAUGCUUCCGUUGAUUGUGACUUUGUUCUUGAGUUUAAUCAAUGCUAUAUCAUUGUCAAAACCAGCACCGUGAGUGUAGCCUUCAUGUAUAAAGAUUUCCUCGGGCCAGGCUUGAGUGUAAUGAGGUGAGAGCCUUUUGAGGAUGCCCAUUCGGAUGUUCAGGGAGGACGCUGCCAUUCUUUUCUCAUAUACAGCAUGAGCGGCUGUUAGGACCCAAUUGUCAUGUAUAAGUGCACCUGCUGCUGCUGUAGUUUGACCCAGCAACAAGACUUGCCAAGGAAAGUCACCAGGCUUUGCAGGCUGCCCUCCAACUAUGCGUCCUCCUAUAGUGUGUGUGGACAGCCCACAAACUGAGGGAUAAAAAACAAGUAUUUAAUGCCCUACAAAUUGAUAGGCAUCCUCCCUGUUGAGUGAGGCUAUUUAAGUUUUUGUUUAGCCUGCUCACCUCCUUGUAAAGAUCAGUAAGAGAUCUCAGAGAUUGUUUUGCUGAAAGAGAACAGCAUGAGGGAGUCUGGACAGGACUUGUGUGCAGGAGGACAUGACACUACUUAGAGGCCAAAGACAACCCCCUCACCACACCCUGAGCUGCUUGUUUUUCUCUUUUUGGGCUCUCUGGGAAUUCUGGGAAAGCAGGAACUAUGAUUUACAAAGUUUCUGUUGUCUUUAAAUGUAAGACUCUAAAUUACAAUGUUGCAGCAAUAGCCAAAGUGCUUCUGGUUCAAAAAUUGGUAAUUUUGGUCUGGUGGAGCCCUCCAAACACUUUUACCGUUCUUUGCAAACUGAGGGCUCAGGAAUGCAACACAUGUUCUUUAUUGUGGUUGUGCACUUUGAUUAAAACUUGGAAGCCGCAUGUCAGCCAAAUACAAGGCUAGAAAACUAAUUUAAACCAGCUAACACGGGGGUAAUGAGUGUAUUAUUACCUUUCAAUUAAAAAAAAAGCACUCUCAACUGUUGUUGGAGCCAAUUCUGGUAAAGAAAUUUAAGUACUAUUAAAAGGCAAAUUGCAUUAAUGUUUAAAAAUCUUGAUGUCGUUGAAAACAAUUGCUUAGGGAAAUAAUGAAGUUAUUAGCUUUGGGGUUUAAUAGCAUUUUUACAGAGAAGAAAAGUAACAAGAGUUCUUGGUUAUAAAUGUAUAAACGGUUUGAGAUAAUUUAAGAAAUCAUUUAAUUUUUUAUGCUUGCCUAGUUAUAAGGUCAAAAACAAUCAAGUGCAUGAUGCACCUAGCUUCCGUGUGGAAGGGGAAAUGUGAGCACACUGUUGGGAAACACUAAGCUCCAGCCUCAGCCAAGUGCUGAGCUUUCUGCCUCCCCAGCCAGACCCUGCCUAUUGUCUGCCAGCUACUCUGUCAGCUAUGAAUCUCUUUUAUAAAUGGCGUCCAUUACCAGGCUCACAAACCGGGGGGAGUUUUUCUCCUUUGGAGCUCGUCCAGAAUCCAUCAGCCUCACACACAUAUUUACCUGCAAGUCAUUGGAAAAGCAAAAAUGUUUAGCUGUAGUUGUCAUUUGCUUGAAUAACCCCUUGAAAAAUGUUGAUUCUUGAGCAUCUGUGGUGGGGAGAGGUGUGUGAAUAACCAUUUUACAUGAUUUCAUAAAUAGGUGUCUGCAUUACCAUGUUUGCUUGCAAAGUGGAAACCUUUUAGAUGUGUAACUUGAAUAUGUAUCAAGAUCUCAAGUGCUUAAUGAUAAGGUUUUGACUUGUUAAAUUAAACCAUUUGGAAUAUAUUGUG